AUGAAGCUCUCUACCUCUGUCAUCCUCCCUCUUCUGCCUGCCCUCUCAACCGCGGCAGUGAUCCGUCGUCAAAACGGCGAUGGACCACAAGGGGGCGCAGACUCAACCCAGGGCGACCUCGGCGCGCGACCUCUUCCACGAUUCCCAUUCCCGGUUACCAAGUUUCCGGUACCGACUGAGACUGUCGUUCUCAAUGAGACCAUGUACAUCGGUCCUGGUCAGGUCUUCGAUGGACAGAUGAAGCGAUAUGAGCGUGAAGAAGGGUCAUGCAACGAGCAGGCAGAAGGAACUGAUGCCGAUGCUGUAUUCAACCUCUUGCCCGGAGCCACAAUUAGGAACGUAGUCAUUGGCAAGCACCAGAGCGAGGGUAUCCACGCGCUAGGCGAUGCAUGGGUCGAGAAUGUCUGGUGGGAGGACGUUUGCGAAGAUGCCCUUACUUCCAAGGGUCUCAACACCCAGCUCCGCGUAAUCGGAGGCGGUGCGCGAAGCGCAACCGACAAGAUCUUCCAGGACAACUCGCUAGGUGGAAAGGUCAACAUUACCGGUUUCUUCGCCGAGACCUUCGGUACCUUCUACCAAUCGUGUGGCAACUGCUUGAACCAAGCGAAGCGCAACGUCACCAUCCAGAACGUCAUUGCCAUCAACGGUACCCGCAUGGGCAUAAUUUCACCCAACUACGGCGAUGAGUACCGCAUCAAGGACGCACAAGUCGCUGACGUCGAGCGCUGGGUUGACAAGGAGAUUGGAAACAACGUUCAGACCGUCCCAUACACUGUCGGUACAGGCCCUGAUGAGAAGUACGCGCUGUACAACCUUACCCGCGACCACCUUACCGACUACGAGGGCGAGAUCUUGAACCAAUACACUCCUGAAGACCCAUAUGAGUGGCUGGAUGAGUUCUGGCCAGAGGGUACCGGUGCCGCGAGGAAGUAG